AAGCAAUUAUUUACUAGAAAAUUUAUAUGGAUUAUUGUUCAGACAUUGCGAAGUGAUUGAAAAGUGAUUAUUCUGAUCGAGUGGAGGGUAUCUUAUAAUAAUAAUUCCUCAUAAUGAAUAUUCUACCGAAAAAAAGGUGGCAUGUGAGGACCAAGGAAAAUAUUGCUAGAGUUCGUCGAGAUGAGGCUCAAGCUGCAGAAGAGGAGAAAGAACGUAAAGCAAGAGCUCAAAAAGCCGAAACUGAAGCCCGAAUAAAUUUACUCCGUGAACAAUCCCGAAGAAAAUACGAUGGCCGGGAUAAAACAGUGGAAAUUGCAUCGAAACCAGAAGUCCUUGAGCACGUGAAUUUUUUCAAAGACAUUGAGGAUGGAAAAAUCGAUUACAACAAACCGAAUGCAGAGCACGAGGCCGAGAAAAAAGAAGAGAAGGAGAAAUAUGAAAAGCAGAUUGGAUAUUUGACGUAUCUAGGACAGGACACGAACGAGGCAACAGGAAAAAAAAAUUGGUACGACGAAUUGCCUCUCAGGGUGACUGAUGCUGAGCCCUCGAAAGAAAUUCAGGAGAAAAAAAAAUUGUUGCACGAUCCUCUGGUAGAUGUGAGAAGAUAUCUGAGCAUCAUGGGCUCCUCCAGCUCUGGAGACACCAGAGUCAAGUCAGAAACCUCCAGAAAACGUGAACUGACGUCUGACGACGAGAUAUCGUCGAAAAAGCACAAGAAGCAUAAGAAAAAAUCGAAGAAAUGUAAAUACGACAAGAGAGAGAAGAAACCGGAUGUCGAUAUCGAGAGGUUGAGGGCCAAGAGAUUGCUGAGAGAGCAAUCAGAGAAAUUUAAAACUGAAGCCCUCUUGGCCAAGAUGAGGGGCGAUCCUCUGCCUAUCGUAAAAAAAGAGGUGUCCACACCGGUUAUCAAACAAAAAUAUAAUUCACAGUUUUGCCCGGAAAUUGCUAGGCAAAAUGCCGAGAGGACUCCUAGGCAUUAGUCCUCGUCGUCUUGGACAUUGUAGAUAAUGUAUAUUUUGUUUUAUCGAUAAAAAAUUAUUCCCACGCCCUCAGGAAUUUUUUAGGAUCCCUUGAAGAUCGUCCACAAAAAUCUCGAUUGUUCUCGAUUAUUCGGAAACAUUCAGAAAAAUAACAGAAAGCGUUGGAUUAUUAUUUGUUCGAAUUCUGAAUCGUUUUGUAUGAAUAAAAAUG